CAGAUGGCCGCAUUUUGCCACCCGUUUCUCUUCCUGCUUUUGGGUUUGACAGGCAUUUCAGGAUCACAAUCAGACGUCAAAUGCACAACUUCAAAUCCUGCCGUUUUAGGGGGCAAGGUAACCCUGACGUGUGAGUGUAAAUCGCUAUAUUUAGAUAUUGAGCAGCUGACGUGGCAGAAGAAGAAGGAUAAUGUCCUGCAAAAUAUUGCCACCAAAAGCAAAAAGUACGGAGUCAAAAUUGACCCUUCAUGCAACCAACGUAUAUCUGUUAAUGGCACAGAGCUGAACAGAUCAUCCAUCACCAUCUCCGAUUUGAAACUGGAAGAUGAAACCCUUUAUAUUUGUAUAUUUAAUGUAUUUCCAUUCGGGGGAUUCAAAGGGAAGGUCUACCUACCAGUUUCUGCCAUCCAGCAGCAGAUACAGAAAGAUGAUGACACUGCAGCCAUCCAGCAGCAGAUACAGAAAGAUGACGACACUGCAGGAAUGUUGGAUUCCCAUGGACGUCUGCUUAUAAUGUCUAUGGUUUUAGCAAUAUUACUGCUGCUGUGUGUAGUCGUGGGAUUUCUGUACUAUCAGAAAAAACAUGUGAAGAGCACACAGGCCGUGACACCAAUGAAAUCUAUUGACCCCGAAAACAUAGAAUUUCGAACACCGCCCAGAAGUAACUAUACAUCAAUCCCAGGGUCGUCGACGUCCAAACGAAAGUCCUGUGUCGCAAGAAACGAUGAUAUAAGCCUUUUGCGGAAGUCUCUCUUUCCAUCACAGGCAGUAGAACCAUAUUUCAGCCGUGAAUGUUAAACUGCUAUCAAGAAUUGUUCACCUUUUGGUAUCGAUCUGAACGUGUUGGCCAGACGUUGACUUUUAUAUGAGAAAAGGAAUACUGCUGGAAAGAUGGAACACGCCUUAAAGGGAUCUUCUAAAUCACAGACUGUGUUGCAGUGGCAGGAACAUGUAUUUGUCUCUCCAGAGGAGAUCAGGCUGUCAAUUGAAGCCGGCAAACCAUGAAUUUUUGGGGAUAGAUGGGGAUUUUUUAUAA